AUGGGAACACCGUUCUUUGGGACAAGAGUAGUACCAUUAAAAAGAGCUCGUUUUUUUACGUCUGGUAGCGUUCUUGCUUUUAUCGAUCCGAAUUUCGUCCGGGGUUGCUAUAUGUCUGGCGAGGCUGGGCCUUCAGAGGGAAGGAAUAAUUCAAUGGGAACACCGUUCUUUGGGACAAGAGUAGUACCAUUAAAAAGAGCUCGUUUUUUUACGUCUGGUAGCGUUCUUGCUUUUAUCGAUCCGAAUUUCGUCCGGGGUUGCUAUAUGUCUGGCGAGGCUGGGCCUUCAGAGGGAAGGAAUAAUGUAGUGCACCUAGUGUAUGACACUAAAACAUCAAUAAGUCAAUGGGAACACCGUUCUUUGGGACAAGAGUAGUACCAUUAAAAAGAGCUCGUUUUUUUACGUCUGGUAGCGUUCUUGCUUUUAUCGAUCCGAAUUUCGUCCGGGGUUGCUAUCUCUGUCUCUAACUUCACCUACAGAACCCUAUCUCUGUCUCUUAUCUUGUCUCUUGUCUUAUCAACCUCUCUCAAGUGAUCUCUCGUUGAUCUCCCGUUGAUCACUCCGAUUUGUGCGCAACUACGCAUGUUUCAGAUAGCCCUCAUACCACUCUCUCCAUGCCAACACCCUCUUCUCAUAGCAACACAUCAACCCCAACCCCCAAUUUUCGCCUAAUACCUUAACCCUAAUAUUAACUUAUUACUAUCCUUUUAUCCAAAAUACCAGAUGAGUUUAUGCCAAGAAGAGUACGGAGGAAGAGGAGAAAGAACCAGAAAGACCAAGAAACCAAGAGACCAAGAAGGGAGGAGAGAUAAGUUUAUAAAAAGAAUUAA